AUGAAGGUUAGAGCUGUGUCGACGAUAUCGGACACGGUGGCCAUCAGCAUCUGUGACAUAUCGUUCACCGCCGGAAUCAACAUCGCCUACCUGCCGCCCAGGGACGCAAUGAUCUACACGUACACAGAAACCACGUCGGAACUGGGAUCAGGCAACAGUGAGGUAGUGGUGGAAUUAACCCGCAUCACGAACACUGAAAAUUAUCCAUCAAGAACGGAUUUUCACCCAGAGUUCAAUAUAAUAUCUGGCACGGUCAGCGUUGUGGCUGGCUUUCCUGUGCCAUUCGUUCUCACUGAGCCAGCCAGUCAUUCCAUGAACAUGGACAAGGGUCAAGUGGUGCCUAUACAGUUUGAUAUUAGAUUAUCCCGUGUCGAAAAAUUAUCCGUGCCUGGACGAAUUACUCACCGCGCCACCACCGGUUACCACCACUUUAUCUGCCAGCUCGCAACGAAUAAAGACGGCGAGAUACGAGCUGGGAUACCUGAUGAACGGAGUACGAUUAGUGGCAUCAUAGACAUGGCGACGAUCGCUCUUGGCACCUGUGCCAAUUUCGGUGAUGCUAGCGUCGCGUACACUAAUGGAGAAAACAACGUAGAGAUAAAGCUCGCCUUCAAGCUCGCGAAAGAUUCGGAUCUUGACACAAUCAGCAAGGUGUCUGCCGGAAUGCAGUACAGUGCGAUGGAUCCGUGGGUAGGCCUAAUGCCUUUCACCACAGUCGAUACUUACACGCCUGGGGAAAUUAAUGGCAGUACCUACUCCGUCAGUCCCGUCGACCCGCCGCUCACCACGCCUCUUGUUAGGGUCUUCUACAGAGUGAAGCUGCCACGCGGUUUCCGCACGCACGCGGCGGUGGAAAUUACGGCUAGCACAGACAUGAGCAUCUGUGACAUCAAGCUGAUUACGGUGUCGAAAAAUUAUCCGUGCCUGGACGAAUUACUCGCCGCGCCACCACCGCUUACCACCACUUUAUCUGCCGACUUGCUACGAAUAAAGAAGGCGAGAUACGAGCUGGGAUACCUGAUGAACGGAGGUGGCAUCUAUGCGCCUUACAACUCGGACGUCCUCAUCGAUGAUGACGACCUGCUCGUGUUUGAGGUGACGGGGAUGCUACAGAGCGGCUACGGCAGCAGCGAGACCAUCACCGGCUCUCUGAUCACAUCCUCGGCCACGCUAGCGCUUCCUACGCACAACGUCGGAGCUGCUGCUGCCACCGCGAUGGGGGGCGCAGCCAUAAGCGUGCUUUCGUUCACGGACGUGGCAUCAGGGGGCGCCACGGGUAUUGUGGGAAUCGGCGGCAUCGCAUCAAUGGAACUGAAGCUGGAUGUUCCCGCAAAUAGCAUUCAUGGCGUUGUCAUCGACCUGUCCGUGACAGAACAAAGUCUGCUGGACUUCUGCGGCAUCAGGACUAUCACUAUUGGUGACAACAUUCCCUGUGUGAAGGAGGAACUGUUUCGUGAACACCAGGAUAUUGUUAUGAGCUCUGGCUCGACGACGUACGACCAGCUCACUGUAAAUGUCGGUCUUGUUUGUAACACGGGUCUGCUGACGGAGCCAGUGCAAAACCAGAUCUUGAUAAAGGCGUGCUUCAAGUGUCGUUAG